GGUUCAGAGUCGCGUGAUUCAUGUUUCUAGCGAGUCAGGGCCUAUCGUUAUUUGGAACUUGAGGGUUAUUUUUUCACCGAGUUGAAGGUUUUUGAAUUCUCGUCUGGUACAGUAACGCGUUCAUUUUUCUCGUUGAUGUAAGAUUUUUUUUCGUGAAUUUCGAUACUAUCAAGGAAAACAGAAGAAUGUUCGGGCCAGGUUCAGCUCCGAUCGUGGUUUUAAGCCAAAACACGAAGCGCGAUUCUGGCAAAAAGGUCCAGAAGGAAAACAUCCAAGCGGGCAAGGCCAUCGCAGAUGUGAUAAGAACAUGUUUGGGUCCGCAAGCAAUGUUAAAAAUGUUGAUGGAUCCAAUGGGUGGUAUCGUCAUGACGAACGAUGGAAAUGCAAUUCUUCGUGAGAUAACGGUGCAGCAUCCAGCUGGAAAAUCAAUGAUUGAAAUAGCCAGGACCCAGGAUGAGGAAGUGGGUGACGGAACAACGUCGGUAAUAGUUUUGGCUGGGGAGAUAUUGGCUAGCGCAGAACCAUUCCUCGAGCAAGGAAUGCAUCCAACGGUCAUAAUUCGAGCAUACAGGCAAGCCCUAGAGGACAUGGUAGAAGUAUUGAAUGACAAGUUGAGUCUCGAACUGGACCGUACGGAUCGAAAGAAGCUCAAGGAAGUGGUGGAAUCCUGCGUGGGAACAAAAUUCAUUGGUCGUUGGUCCGAGUUGGCUUGCGACAUCGCGUUGGAUGCUGUGCACACAGUGAUGUUGGAAGAGAACGGACGUCGCGAAAUCGAUAUCAAAAGAUACGCAAAAGUGGAGAAAAUUCCUGGUGGCAGUAUCGAGGAGAGCAGCGUCUUGAAGGGCGUUAUGAUAAACAAGGACGUGACUCAUCCGAAAAUGAAACGUUGCAUAAAAAAUCCAAGAAUCGUGCUUCUCGAUUGCCCGCUCGAGUACAAAAAGGGAGAGUCUCAAACUAACAUCGAGGUCCUCAAGGACACCGAUUUCACGAGAAUCCUCGAGCUUGAGGAGGAAAACAUAAAGAAAAUUUGCGACGAAGUUAUCGCCGUUAAACCUGAUGUCGUUUUCACUGAAAAGGGCAUUUCUGAUCUGGCUCAACAUUAUCUUCUCAAAGCUGGCAUUUCUGCCAUUCGCAGAGUUCGUAAAUCCGAUAACAACAGAAUUGCUCGCGCCUGUGGUGCUACCGUAGUUAAUCGCACCGAAGAACUACGCGAGGAAGACGUUGGCACUGGUGCUGGACUCUUUGAGAUAAAAAAAUUCGGCGAUGAAUAUUUCUGCUUCAUUACCGAGUGCAAAGACCCCAAGGCUUGUACCAUUAUUCUUCGUGGCGCUAGUAAAGACGUUCUCAAUGAAACUGAGAGGAACUUGCAGGACGCUCUUCACGUCGCCCGUAAUCUUCUUAUCGAGCCGAAGCUCGUACCUGGUGGCGGAGCGGUUGAGAUGGCAGUCGCACGGUACUUGAACGAGAAAGCUUCGGGUAUCCCUGGAGUCGAGCAGUGGCCGUACAAAGCGAUAGCCAAUGCUCUUGACAUAAUUCCGAGGACAUUGGCGCAGAAUUGUGGCGCGAAUAUAAUUCGGACAUUGACGGCGCUCCGUGCAAAACACGCUGCCGGUGGUACAACGUGGGGAAUCGACGGCGAGACUGGCCUCUUGGUGGACAUGAAAGAACGUGGAAUUUGGGAGCCGUUGAGCGUUAAAUUGCAAAUUUACAAAACUGCGAUCGAAACGGCGAUUCUUCUGUUGAGAAUCGACGACAUCGUUUCCGGCACGAAGAAGAAGGGAUCUGAAAAUGAUCAACCAGCCCAACCUCAAGUCACCGAAGAAUCGAUGAAGGAGUAAAAUUUUUUAAUCUCAUCCGGUGACAUCUCACGCUUCAAUUGAUAGAUGCAACGCUCGUAUUUGAUACUUCCUCACCACGUUUUUUAUUCUUUGCAUCUACUCAUCGAUUAACCGUUGCGACCUAUUUUUCGUCUUUUGUGUAUUUCGCCGUUCUUCGAUAGUUCACGAUAUUCCGCAUUUUUACAGAAUAAAGAUUAUCAUUCACAGAA